GGGUCCAGAUGUUAUGGGCAUCGACGAGUUACUGUCUCGGAAACUCUCAAUCACGCAAGCGAAAGGAGAGGAGGCGGCUAAUUAAAUAUUGAGCAGAAAGUCGCGUGGGGAGAGUGUCACGUGGGUCUGGAGGCUCCAGGAGCCUGGGAUAAAUACCGCAAGGCACUGAGCAGGCAAAAGAGCGCGCUCGGACCUCCUCCUUUCCCGCCGCAGCCACCUAGAGUGCGGAGCGACCAGCGUGCGCUCGGAGGAACCCGGUACCCCGUGGGACUGUCCGUUGCAAUAUCCAACAUGAAAAUCCUCGUGGCCUUGGCAGUCUUUUUUCUCGUCUCCACUCAGCUGUUUGCAGAAGAAAUAGGAACCAAUGAUGAUCUGAAUUACUGGUCGGACUGGUCCGACAGCGACCAGAUCAAGGAGGAACUGCCGGAGCCCUUUGAGCAUCUUCUGCAGAGAAUCGCCCGGAGACCCAAGCCGCAGCAGUUCUUUGGAUUAAUGGGCAAACGGGAUGCUGAUUCCUCAAUUGAAAAACAAGUGGCCCUGUUAAAGGCUCUUUAUGGCCAUGGCCAGAUCUCUCACAAAAGGCAUAAAACAGAUUCCUUUGUUGGACUAAUGGGCAAAAGAGCUUUAAAUUCUGUGGCUUAUGAAAGGAGUGCCAUGCAGAAUUAUGAAAGAAGACGUAAAUAAACUACCUAAUGUUAUUUAUUCAGCUUCAUUUGUGUCAGUGGGCAAUGAAAGGUAAAAUAAGACAUGCACAAUGAGGAAUAAUUAUUUAUUUAACAACAAUUGUUUGGCAUUGAAAAUUCAAAAACUGUUUAUUUUUCAUAUUGUGCCAAUAUGUGUUGUAAACAUGUGCUUUAAUUCCAGUAUAACUCCCUUAAAAUAGAAAUAAGUGGUUACUUCUCAACAAAGCACAGUGUUCAAUGAAAUUGUAAAACCCUGUCAGUGAUACAGUCCCUAAAGAAAGAAAUCAUUGCUUUGAAGCAGUUGUGUCAGCUACUGUGGAAACAGAAGGAAACUCCUGAUAGUUUUGUGCUUUUCCUACUUGUUUUCAUGGUGAAAAUGUACUGAGAUUUUGGUAUUACACUAUAUUUGUAUCUCUGAAGCAUGUAUCAUGUUUUGUGACUAUAUAGAGAUGUUUUUUAAAAGUUUUAAUGUGAUUCUAAGGUCUUCAUUUCAUUGUAUGAUGUGUUGUGAUAGCUAACAUUUUAAAUAAAAGAAAAAAUAUCUUGAA